AUGGAACUCAACCGAGAACAUUUUCGCGCCAUAAUUUAUUACAAAUUUCAGAGACAAUUAUCGCAACAAGAAUGCCUUGCUGAGUUACUGUCUGUUUUCGGCAACGAAGCGCCACAUCAGACGACAAUCACCCAGGAGAACGUCGAUGCUGUGCGCAAACUCAUCAUUGAAGAUACACAUGUGACAUAUCGCGAGAUUGAGACGUCCUUGAAGAUCUCAAAGACCUCAAUUCAAAGAAAAUUACAUGAAGAAUUAGGAGUAAGAAAAUUAGUUUCUCAGCCAGGGUUAAUUGGUGUCAAAAAACGCUUGACCGGAAACUCAAAAAAUGUGUACAGCAUUGUUAGUGGUGAUGAAUCGUGGAUUUACUGUUAUGAACCAAAAAAUAAACGACAGUCGGCUGUUUGGCAUUGCAACAUUGCAACAAUUCCUCUUAAUGAUACUGCGGAUUGGUAUACCACCAUUUGUUUGGCAAAAGUCAUCACCGAGCUUCGAAAAAUCAACCCUGAAAGAAGAAUCAUCCUCCACCAAGACAAUGCAAGCUCGCACACAGCCCAAAAAACAAGGCAGUAUUUAACGGAAGAUAACGUGGAAUUAUUGGACCAUCCUCCAUAUAGUCCCGAUCUAAGUCCUAACGAUUUUUUUACUUUCCCAAAAAUUAAAAACAGACUGCAUGCUCAAACAUUCCAGUCACCAGAAGAAGUAGUUGACGCAUUCAAAAAUGCCGUUUUGGAUCUGCCAGCAAACGAAUGGAAUAAGUGCUUUGAAAAUUGUUUCGAGCGCAUGCAGAUGUGUAUUAAUCUUCGUGGAGAAUACCUCGAAAAACAAUAA